AUGACUUGCCAGACCUACAGUUUGCUUGUUCUGUCUCUCAUCAUGAUUUAUUUUGGACAUUUUGGAAACAGCUUAAAUCUUCCUCUACUCCAAAAUGAUAUAGACAAACUGAAAGCUGACUUUAACUCAAGUCAUUCAGACGUUGCUGACGGUGGACCUAUUUUUAUGGGGAAACUGAUAAACUGGACAGAGAGAAAUGAAAAAAGGAUCAUCCUGAGCCAGAUUGUUUCCAAGUACUUGGAAAUGCUUGAACACACUGACAAGUCAAAGGCGCACGUCAGGCAUAUAUUUGAGGAGCUCUUUACUCUGAAAAAUCAUCUUAUUAAUGACUCAAAGAAGAUUGAAGACCUCAAGAACCUGGAAAAUCUUCAGAUGAGUGACUUGAAAAUUCAACGCAAAGCUGUGCAUGAGAUGUUCAGUGUCUUACAAAAGCUGGUGGAGACUUCAGCUUCUCUCAAAAGGAAAAGGAGCCAGUCUCAGAGGAGGUGCAAAUGCUGGUGACAUCAUAUGACUGACCUUUUGUACUGAGUGAUUAUGCAA